GGCGAGAGCCUUUCAUUCAUUCGAUAGGAGGAAAUAGCUUCUUUGAAACGGACAUGCAUUCGAGAUGGAUGCUCCAAUGCUCACCACAGAUAAGUAAUCUCAAUGUAAGGGUUUUCGUAGUCCGCGUGUCACCGUAGAGAGACUACCAACAUAUCCAUCACAUCCUCCACCAUCAUGACCGACCGCAAGGAUACGAAAGAGUUGGCCAGCGGCUACACCACCGUCAAUACCACCCAAUUCAACGCCGCCCUAUUCCUCCUCGACCGUCUCAAAGUCUCGCCUGAAGACCAUGUCCUCGACGUCGGCUGCGGGCCUGGUAACCUGACCCUGCACCUCAAGAACCUCGUCGGCAACGCAGGCACGGUCAUCGGCUUCGACCCAAGCUCCCAACGGAUCGGCAUCGCCAACGAGACGCAGACCCCAGGCGUAUUCUUCUACGUGGGCAUCGCGGAGGAUCUCUCGCGACAUGCAGAUGCAACCUUCGACAUCGUCUUCGUCAACUCAACGCUCCACUGGGUCCAAGACCAACCCAAGGCGAUCCGGGAAUUCGGCCGCGUCCUGAAAUCCGGCGGCCGCCUGGGGAUCUCGGGAGGUUCGGGAGACUUCGUCGCAAUCCACGAGAAGAUCAAGGAGGACGUCCUUUCGCGGGAACCUUACAGGCAAUACCCUGAGACGGGUGGGCCGAAUUUCCUCAAGAAAAAGGAACUGGAGACUCUCUUGGCCGACGCGGGAUUCGCGCAGACGGAUAUCGUGACGAAUACGAUUGUCAAGUCGGCGGGGAGUCCGGAUGAGAUGAUUAAUUGGUUGGAUACGAGUUCGUCCGGCCAGACGUAUGGUGGGAUCCCGUUGGAUCUGAGACCGAAGGCGAGGGAGGAGAUGAAGCGGGAAUGGGAGAAGUAUAUUAACGAGGCGGGAGGGAUUGAUAUGGAUAUGGAGCUGCUUGUGACGGUUGCUGUCAAGGGCUGAAUUAAUGACAUCGAGAGACAUUGUUGUGUCUAUUUCCAUCAACAAAAGCAUUCACUUCGAAUUCUUUCCAUGUUCAUGCUUUUUCUUUCAUGCUUUUUGAACAUCGAAAUGUAAAUCAAUGAAUGCGGAACUUUUCUAAAAUCUC